AACGACAGGAUAUACGCAGAGCUCAAAAACGCGGCUGCUGCUCUUCCAGGCAAUUCGCCAACGAAGACCGGCACAAGAUGGCGUGCUCUGACCAGGUAGUAGAGGCAGCUCGCCACAACACAGGGCAUGAUCACUAGACACUGGCUUAUAUAACACGAGCAUUUCGAUGCCGUUCUUGUACAUUCCCAGCUAGUACGUGCUGCAGCCUUAGAUGUCAUCGACUUCACAAAUGGCGUCAGUCGCCGUCCUCCUUCUCGCCGCUUGCGCAACAAUGGCCUCGGGUGCCGCCGGCGUCCGUGUCGGGCUCACGCGCAUCCACGCCGAACCCAGCGUCACCGCGUCCCAGUUCGUGCGCGACGCCCUGCGCCGCGACAUGUACCGGCAGCAUGCCCGGUUCGGCAGGGAGCUCGCGGCGUCCUCGGACGGCACGGUGUCCGCGCCGACCAGGAAGGACCUGCCCAACGGCGGGGAGUACCUCAUGAUGCUGGCGAUUGGGACGCCGCCGCUGGCGUACCCGGCCAUCGCCGACACGGGCAGCGACCUCAUCUGGACGCAGUGCGCGCCCUGCGGCAAGCGGUGCUUCAAGCAGCCGGCGCCGCUGUACAACCCGUCGAGCUCCACCACGUUCGGCGUGCUCCCGUGCAACAGCUCGCUGAGCAUGUGCGCGGCGCUGGCCGGGGCGACCCCGCCGCUGGGGUGCGCGUGCAUGUACAACCAGACGUACGGCACCGGGUGGACGGCGGGCGUCCAGAGUACGGAGACAUUCACGUUCGGCUCGGCGGCGGCCGACCAGACCCGCGUUCCCCACAUCGCCUUUGGGUGCAGCAACGCGAGCAGUGAUGACUGGAACGGCUCGGCCGGCCUCGUCGGGCUGGGCAGGGGAAUCUUGUCUCUCGUCUCGCAGCUCGGCGCGGGCAGGUUCUCCUACUGCCUCACGCCGUUCCAAGACACCAACAGCACGAGCACGCUCCUCCUCGGCCCGUCGGCGGCGCUCAACGGCACUGGCGUCCGCUCCACGCCGUUCGUCGCCAGCCCGACCAAGGCGCCAAUGAGCACGUACUACUACCUCAACCUGACGGGCAUAUCCAUAGGCACGACAGCUCUGUCCAUCCCACCCAACGCGUUCUCCCUGAAAGCCGACGGCACCGGCGGGCUCAUCAUCGACUCCGGCACGACCAUCACGUCGCUGGUCGACACGGCUUACCAGAAGGUCCGAGCCGCAGUCAAGUCCCUAGUGACCCUUCCGACGACCGACGGGUCGGACGCAACGGGGCUCGACCUGUGCUUUGCGCUGACGUCCCAAACGUCGGCGCCACCGGCCAUGCCAAGCAUGACGCUCCACUUCGACGGAGCGGACAUGGUGCUGCCAGCGGACAGCUACAUGAUCUCGGGCUCCGGCCUGUGGUGCCUGGCGAUGCGGAAUCAGACCGACGGCGCGAUGAGCACGCUCGGUAACUACCAGCAGCAGAACAUGCACAUCCUCUACGAUGUCCGGAAGGAGUCGCUGUCGUUUGCUCCGGCCAAGUGCAGCACGCUCUGACCAGAUUUGAAGAUAUAUAUGUGCAUAGGAUCCCUGAUUGAUUUUUAUAUAAUGAGUAUUCAACAAAACAUUCCAAUUCAAUUAUUCAACUGAGUAAUCCAAAUGUAAAAUAUUUCAAAGGAGACACUCAAGUACCCAACAUAUGCAAGCAAACACGAAAUAGAUGACUGAAGUGGGAUGUAUAGAGCUGAAGAGAACAAAUUACAAAACGACACAAUUCAUUAUCUCCAUAAUCUGCAAACUCA